CUAUCUCGUACGUGGUCCGCUCUUUCCCCAGUUCGAAGCUCCAAGCGGGAGGAAGAAGCUGCUGUCUUGUUACCGGUUGUUGUUGAUGUUUCCCGGAGAAAGAAAAACAACUACAGGAUGGACAUGACCACGUGUUUGAAGUCUCUGUUAUUAGCUAUCCAGCAGUACACUGGCAGCAGGACGGCACACACAGCUGCACAGCUACAGAAACAAGUGGAGGAGGUUUCAGCCCUUAAAUGUGACCAGCUGCUGUCUUCAGGCCAGGUUCUGCCCAGUGAGUGUGUGAGUGGGCUGGUGGAGCUGGUUGGAAACCCAAACACCAGCCCUGCACUGACGAGCUCCAUCAUCUCCCUGCUGACACAACUCGCCUGCGAUGACGACAGCCGGGAGAUUCUUCACAGCAGCUAUAACCUCACCAGCACUCUGGCAUCUGUGGUCCACUGCCACAGCGCCACCCCUGGAGAGCCGCUGGUACUGCAGUGUCUUCAGGUGCUGCAGAAACUGACUUACAACACUCGAGUCUUCCAGUCGACCAACUACAUCCAUGAGCUCAUCACAUUUCUCAUGACCAACAUCCAAUCUCAAAACGAGGAUAUCGUCAUGCCGUGUCUCGGGCUCAUGGCAAAUCUCUGUCGUGAGAACCACUCGGUGCAAAGUCACAUCAAAUCUCUGGAAAACGUGAAGCCUUUCUACCGCACACUGAUCAGCUUCCUGGCUCACAACAGUCUGACAGUGGUGGUCUUCACGUUGUCUAUACUGGCCAGCCUCACUCUGAAUGAGAAGGUUGGAGAGAAGCUCUUUGACGCAAAGAACAUCCAUCAGACUUUCCAGCUUGUGUUCAACAUCAUUGUGAACGGUGACGGCACUCUGACCCGGAAAUACUCAGUUGACCUUUUGGUUGACCUCUUAAAGAAUCCCAAGAUAGCAGAUUAUCUCACUAGGUAUCAGCACUUCUCAGCGUGUGUUUCUCAAGUUUUAGGACUUCUGCAAUCCAAAGACCCGGACUCUGCAGCCAAGGUGUUGGAGCUCCUCUUGGCCAUGUGCAGUGUCUCAGGUCUGCGCUCGUCGUUGUGCGAGGUUGUUUUCAGACCGGCGGGACUCAAACUCAGAGCGGCAGGACGUAAGCAUGGCGCGGGACUGGACGGAGGACGCAAGGCGGAGAGUGGCCUGGCUCUGGUGCAGUGGCUGAGCUCUCCUGUAGAGGGAGCCGAGUGCUGCUCGUUGCAGGCGCUGCAGCUGCUGAACGAACUGCUGGAGGAGGCGCUGGGAGCAGACAGCGUAUCCGACUGUGUGCUGAGCUUUGUGGAAAUGUUGCUCCCGGUCCUUUUGUCUCUGAUGAAAGUCGUUCGAUCCGUCGCAGGGAGACGCUCACCUGAGAAAACACUGCCAGCGCAUCACACCACGUCACCGGCCUGCUGCUUGAUAUCCCUGUGUGCCGAGGACUCGACCAGGUCCGUCGUGUCCCGUCAGGUGAGCGCUAAGCUCUGCCUCUCUCAGGUCGAGUCCCUCCUCUCCUGUUGCCAUAGCAACAACCCUCUCACCUGCCUGCCUCCCGCCUCGGAAAACAAUCUCAGUCAGGUGUGUGCAGAAGCUCUACUCAGGUCUCUGGAGUUAAUGAGCAAACUGAGGCAGCAGGUGAAAGACAUGGAGACCAGCUUCUACAGGAUGUUACAGGACCAGAGGAUCGUGACUCCGCUCUCUCUGGCUCUGACGUCCCACCACAGAGAGCGAGUGCAGACUGGACUCUCUCUGUUGUUUGAAGCCACUCCCCUCCCUGACUUCCCUUCACUGGUUCUGGGAGAAAGCAUCGCCGCUAACAACGCCUACCGCCAGAGGGAAGCCGAGAUGUCCGUCAAGCGUGUCGCAGUGCAGGAAGUCCCGCCUCCCAGGAUGAACACCAGUAACGUGCUGGAUUCUCCCAGUGUGACCAGCAGGAGCGUCCACAGUCUGGUGGAGAAGAUACAGAACGGUUUGGAGCUUCAGGAUCAAAGUAAAGACUCACACGUGUCUGAAAUCAUCGACUUUUAUGAACAGAAGCUCUCGGCGUUAGCGUCUAAGGAGAGUCGUCUGCAGGACUUGUUGGAGGCGAAAGCUCUGGCUCUCUCUCAGGCCGACCGUCUCAUCGCUCAGUAUCGCUUCCAACGAGCUCAGGCUGAAGCAGAGGCUCGUAAGCUCGGCUGUCUGCUGAAGGAGGCGGAGCGGCGGCGCGAGGACCUGCAGGGCGAGCUGGGCAGCCAGGUGCUGGAGGUGGAGCGCUCCAAGGCGGAAAUGGAGGAGCUGCUGCAACACAACGCUCGGCUGCAGCAGGACUCAGAGGAACACCAAGCCCUCAAAGGAGCUUACAACACGCUGCUCAACAGGUUCAACGAGAACGAUCGUCUGCUGAAAGAGCUUCAGUCGGCUCACAUCGUCCUCACCAAGCAGAGCGACGGCCUGAGGAGGAACCACGAAGCUCUGCAGCUACAGCACGACAAGAUGCUGUCGGUGUUGGAGGAGAAGGAAGAGGAGAUCAGAUCCCUCCGUUCAGAUCUGCAGCAGAAAAACAGCGACCUCGCAGGUCUGAGGAACGAGCUGCGAGCGGAGGAGCAGAAGGGAAAAGAGAAAGACCAAGAGAAGAGAGAGCUGGAGGAGACGGUGGAUGUUUUGAGGAAAGAGCUCAACAAGACGGAGCAGGCGAGGAAGGACGCAAGCAUCAAGGCGUCGUCUCUGGAGCUGCAGAAGAGCCAAGUGGAGACGAAGCUGAAGCAGAAAGAAGACGAGCUGAACAAACACUCAGCGAUGAUCGCCAUGAUUCACAGUCUGAGCAGCGGCAAAAUGAAGAACGAUGUCAACCUGUCGCUCUGAGCAGGAAAUAUAAUACAGAUUAUUUAAAAUGAGCUUCAUGGACUAUGAUCUUAAUUUUUUUAAACACUUUUUAAUGAGGUUUUCUCAUCUUAAU